AUGAAUGUUUUAAUGUUACAUGAAUUCAUUAUUUACCAUAUUAAUUUCAUUAAUUUUAGUUAUAAUAUUUUUGAUAUAAUUUUAUCAAAAAUGCAAUAUAACAGCAAAUGUUCAAGAAAUAAUGCUACUGGUAUAGCAGAAACACUUGGAAAUUGGGGCUUUUGUAACAAAAUUUCAAGUUCUGGUCAAGAACUUAAACGUUUAAGAUGUCUCUUUAAUCAGAUGGAUUGUUUGAAAACUAGGAAACCAAUGACGUGUAUAAAAUAUAAUUGUUUAUAUGAUCCAGAGGCGUGGUAUAUAAAACCUAGUCCUGAAGAAAAUAAACCGAUUUGGACUGUAUCUAUGAAGAGGCCCCUUAUCACAUAUACUUCUACUGCUGAUGUAAUAAUGACUGCAAAUUUAAACAAUAUUGGAUCGGAUUUACUUUAUCCUAUUCCAGGGCGAAGUUAUUUAUUACAGGGUGUAUGUUAA